AUGGACGCCCCAGAAGGCCUUGCUGCGCCUGAUGUCAUAGUCCGCUCAGCAAGAUCUAUUGAAGUAGUAUUCACCUCACCCACCAAACUAAACGGAAUAAUAUCGAAGUAUCAACUAACUAGAGUUGACCUGAACACAACUGCCAAAACCCUCGUCUACCGUGGGCUCAACUUAUCCUACCUUGAUACCGGAGUUUUGCCUAUCACCGGAUAUUUUUAUAUCCUCGAAGUUUGCACAACACUCUGUGCGAAUAUCAGCUCCCGGAAGAUUUCUACACGAGAAUCAACCCCGGAGAAUGUCUACCCUCCGAUGUUGAGGGCUUUGAGUGCGUACAGUAUUGAAAUAAGAUGGCAAAGACCUGGCAGACCUAACGGGGUAAUAACUGGAUACAACAUAAGUAGAGUCAAUAAUACUGGGCAUAUUAUCAUGCAGUGGCCGGGUAAUAACAUGGUAUAUGUUGAUAACAGCAGUGAUAUAAGACCUUAUACAAACUAUACCUACAUUAUUACCGCGUGUACGAAAGUCGGGUGUACUAACGGUGAUCGCGGGUUUGUGACCACCUUAGAAGCCCCUCCUGAAAAUGUGUAUCCGCCUGAGUUGCAAAUACGAAGUGCUCGUGUUAUUGAGGUGAACUGGAGACAACCAGCGAUACCUAAUGGAGAAAUUAUCUGGUAUACUUUAUAUCGUGAUAAUGUGUCAAUAUGUCAUACCACUAGUUCGUGCCUGUUUGAAACACCGUCUCGAGGGAAAUAUAGAUAUACUGACCGUGGACGCAAGCCUCAUACAUCAUACAGUUAUAUUAUCGAGGCCAGCACUAUAGCCGGCAGUACUAACAGCAGUGAAACCCGUACAACAACACCACAAAGCACUCCUGAGGGGAUACCCUCUCCAUCAUUAACCCCACAAUCCCCUGAGAGCAUUCUCGUCACGUGGACAGCGCCUGCUAACCCCAACGGCGUGAUCAGGAACUACAGUGUUUUACAGAACACCGCAAUAGAGCACCAGGCAGGACUCAGCCUUCGGUUCACCGUCACAGGUUUACAAUCCUUUACUGUUUAUAACUUCCAAAUCAAAGCGUGUACUCUCAGAGGUUGCGGAGUCGGGAACCGAAGCGAGGCUAGAACACUCGAGGCAGCGCCCAGUGGCCAGCCUGCGCCCAGCCUCUUUGCCCUCAGCGACGCGGUUGUCAAGGUAACAUGGCGUGGACCGCAAGCACCAAAUGGUAUAAUCUUGCAAUACGAAGUAGAACGACGCUUAAUGUCUUCAAUUCCUGUUGUCGUGUUCGUAACUAAACGACCUUUCGUAUGGCAGACACUAAACAGUGGUCUGUUGCCGUACCGGAACUAUGACUACCGGAUACGUGCUAUAAACAGCGCUGGCAGUACUAGAAGUGCCUGGGCAACUGUUCGUACGGGAGAAGGAGCCCCUGCCGGGUUUUAUCUCCCCACUAUACAUGUAUUCAAUGCAACUGGAGUCACUGCAUCUUGGCAAGAACCUCGCGAGCCUAACGGAAUUAUUACCCGAUACGAACUUUGGUCCCGGAGCGUUAACACCCCAGGGGAUACAGUACUGGUUGCAAGCAGCACUACCCCAGAACAGAAUGUAACCGUGAGUGGACUAAGACCUAGUACAAACUAUGAAUUUCGACUGGCAGUCAGCACGGUUGGAGGGACUGGGUAUAGCGGUUGGACACUUGCGGAGACUUUAGAAGCACCACCAGUCGGUCUCAGACCUCUGACCGCGAGUAAACAUAGCAAUGGCCGGGAGCUCACUCUUUCCUGGGACGAGCCGACUGAGCCAAAUGGAAGGAUUACAAACUAUAUUGUUUAUUCAGAAGGCGUUAAAGUGUACAGUGGCAUUUCAAGGACAUUUAGUCUGCGACGAUUGCAACCUUUUACAUCGUAUACAUUUCAACUAGAAGCUUGUACCUCAGCAGGCUGUGCUAAAGGAAGUAUCCAGCUCAUUACAACUGCUGAAAUACCGCCAGAUUUUCUGCAGGCGCCUGUAUUUGCAGCUAUAAAUAGCACAUACGUCACACUUGAGUGGCAACCUCCCGCACUUCCGAACGGUAGAAUUAUCUUAUAUCAAGUAUUCAGAGCGGAUACUCCGUUUGCUGUGUAUAAUAGCAGCGAUGCUAAUACAACAACAUACACAAAUACCCACCUUCAACCUUAUACUAAAUAUGGAUAUAAAGUUCGAGCCCGAAAUUCUGCGGGUGCUACUGAAUCGCGGGUUGCCAGCGUCACAACGAAGCAAGACGCACCAGAACUUGUUGAUCCCCCAGUAAUAGAAGCAGUGACGUCAUUGAAUAUUGAAAUCUCGUGGUCACCCCCCGGGAAACAAAAUGGAGUGAUAACCUCGUACACAUUACGACGUAAUAAAACUGUGGUGAACCAUUGGGGUUACACAGUGUUGCAAUAUAGAGAUACAUCAGUUAACCCUGAUACCUUGUAUGGUUAUUGGUUGACAGUUUGUACGGGGGGUGGAUGUACACAUAGUCCUAGGACUGUUGUGAAGUCAGGUGAAGACCGACCCGGAGCAGUACGCGCCCCCCGUCUCACUGUACUCACAGCCUCUGCCAUCAACGUAGAGUGGCAACCCCCCGUGAUAUCAAAUGGUAUUGUAAUACGUUAUGAACUAUACAUGGGUGAUAAUAAUAUAUACAGCGGUACUGACAUGUCUUAUGUGGUAUCCAACUUGAAGCCGUAUACAUCAUACACAUUUCAUGUACAAGCUUGCACUAAAACUGGAUGCACUGCAGGGCCUUCGAGCGAGGCGAGGACUCACGAAGCACAACCGGCAGUUCUCGACAGACCGACCUACACUAUAUUCGGUCCCAGGAUCGUGGAGAUAAACUGGGCAUUACCACGGCAACCGAAUGGCGUCAUCUUGUAUUACACUCUACACAGAAAUGGUACAAUGGUGUAUAAUGGUUCAGACGUGAGUUACAAAGACUUGAAUGUUCAACCAUUUACUCAUUAUUCUUACCACGUGACUGCAUUCAACUCAGCCGGGCAUGUCUCGAGCCCAGUCCUCUACACAGAUCGUACUUCACCCGGCACACCAGAGAAUGUCACCAAACCUCAACUAACCCCCUUAAGUGGAACUGAAAUACAAGUCUCUUGGUCAGCGCCUGCGAAACCUAAUGGUAUCAUCACAGAGUACUUGGUGUUAUACAACAAUAUUCAGGUGAAUGUUGGUUCAAAUGUGACUUACAUUGCACGCAACUUGAAGUAUUACACUCUAUAUAGUUUUCGUAUACGAGCAUGUACGAACUAUCCCUCGUGCGCGGAUAGUGACGUGGAGUUCACGAGAACGUUCGAGGGAGCCCCGCGUGGGCAACUUGCACCUGUUAUCCCAGAUAAAACUGUUAUGGCACGUUCGUUGAUAGUGACGUGGGUCACGCCUAGGACUCCAAAUGGAGUGAUAUUGAGAUAUAUUGUACAUCGUACUCAUGAUAAUGGAGAGAGCAGUACUCAAGUCUAUUCUGGGCUGGCGUUCAACUAUAGCGACACCACAGUCGUACCAUAUCAGAAAUAUCAAUACAGAGUGUCCGCUGCUAACAGCGCAGGAAUGAUGACUAGUGAUUGGACAACCGUUACAACUCGCAGUGCCCCUCCUGAACAAGUCUCAGCCCCUCGUAUCCUAACAGUGACCCAAACAUCCCUUGUUGUAGCGUUUGAUCCCCCAGGCAGAGCGAAUGGUAUUAUUAUGAAGUAUAUAGUGCAAGUGAAUGAGCAGAAUGUCUCGGAAGGCACACAUCUUGAACGAACCAUCAGAAACCUUGAACCGUAUACUGACUACUCCCUGCGGGUGGUAGCCUGCACUGUUGCGGGUUGUACACCUGGUCAGGCAAUAUCAAGCAAGACUGGCACAGGGCAACCAGGCAAAGUUGAAGAACCAACAUUUGGCGAAGUCACAGCGAGCAGUAUUGAAGUGAACUGGCAACCACCAAGCAAGCCUAGUGGGGAAAUUAAAAGGUUUGAAACGUUUUUGUAUUUUUUUUUUGCAUUUUUUCCAGUUGCUUUGUCUUCUGGCCCAGUUUUCUCAUCACUAGGUAUUGCUACACGCUUACAUGAGAGACUAAAUGAUGCUGAGUGUUUCCAUAUGCACACGUCUUGUAGCAAGUUUACCAACAAGCCGUCUACAAGUUGUGUUCGCACUGCUUGUUUCAAGUCAACAAGUUAACAGUUCCAACAAGUCCAACACAAUUAUGACAUAAUAAUAUUGUUACAACCUUGUGUCAUCAACUUUUUAACAUUCUUGUUAUAUCAUGACUGUAUCAGACUUGUUAGAACAACUUUGUAACAAGUCUGAUAAUACCAUCAAGCUUGUUACAAGUUGUUAACAGCUUGUUCCAAACUUGUUACAACAACUGGGAACAAGCAGUGCGAACACAACUUGUCGACAACUCUUUGUCAACAAGCUGUAACAAUGUUGUUAUUUUAUCAAGUAGUGCGUUUUUACGCGUGUAUUUGCCACCAAAUGCAAUGUCAGUACAUAUAACAAUUCAGUCUAAUAACUGCGUUUCCUUUUAGAAUUGAUCUCCAUUCAUUAUUUAUCAUUAUCUAGAUAUUCCGUCGUUUACAAGUUCAUCUGUUCAGACAAUUGUGUGAGUAAACGCGCUGUGUCGGAAACCGCGGUCGGCGUGGGCCUGAACACGAGUUACGUCAUCACUGGCCUUGAACCUUACUCCGUGUAUGAGAUUGUGAUUCAAAUAUUUAACGAAAAAUAUUCUGCUGAUUCUGCACCAGUCAGGAAACGGACAGGGCCUUCAGGUAUUCUGUGGGAUAUCAAUGGUUAGAUCUAUGUACGCACGUAGAAACGCACAUGUUACAGGUCUGCAAACAUGUUGUUACAAAUCUGUUCACAAGCUGUCGACAAGUUGUGUUCGCACUGCUUGUUCCCAGUUGUUGUAACAAGUUUGGAACAAGCUGUUAACAACUUGUAACAAGUUUGAUGACAUUAUCAGACUUGUUACAAGGUUGUUCUAACAAGUUUGAUACAGUCAUGAUACAGUCAUGAUAUAACAAGAAUGUUCCAAGGUUGACGACACAAGGUUGUAACAAUAUUGUUAUAUCAUGACGGUAUCGGACUUGUCUGCGACAAGUCUGAUAAUAUUAACAAACUUAUUACAACUGUUAACAGCUUUUUCCAAACUUGUUGACAACUUGGGACAAGCAGUGUGAACACAACUUGUUGACGGCUUGUUGGCAGACUUGCAACAAGAUAUGAGAUUUUUACGUGAGUGCUACAUACAAUAGAAAGAAUGAACAUUAUUUUCUCACUCUGCAUGAUUACUGCAGGUUGACCAGCAUCUGCUGCACGAUAUAUCGUACAACCCAGCUAUAUACUAGUAAUCAUCAUCUCUGAUUCUCAAGUCUCGAAGAGCGUAAAACAAACAAUCUUGGUUUAUUUUCCAGAUCCUGUGUAUAUUGGACUGCCAGUUGCCAACAAGACGGGAGAUAUAAUCAUCAUUGACUGGAGUAAAUCAUUCAAGUUGAACAGUCCUUUGUUUGAGUAUAUUUUACGUGAGAAUGACUUCCUCAUAUUUCGUGGCACAAGCUUGAACAGCGGUCAAUUGCCGGGCAGAGCAGACUCAGGUAUGUACAGGGUUAACAAGGAUAUCGUUUUUGCAUUUAAUAGAAUUGCCUUCAGAUAAUUCCUGUGGUUUGAGUAACAAUGAAGUUAGGAUAUUGGAGCAGAAUGGUUAUAGUGUAAGACAAAGCUGGAAAAUGUUUUUAUCUCUGGGAACCUGAGUUUAGGGCUCAAAUAUUAUCUGAGCUUUUGGAGAACACUUUAGAACUGACUGAGUUAUAUUUUCACGUUCUAUAGAAUAUAUCUACGUGGUCAGUGCGACAACGACGGUUAAUGGUGAGAAAAGGACUGUUAAAUCUGUUCCUUUCAACUACCAAGGACGUAAGUACCGCGCUUUGUUUUGACUCUAAUUUUUAACAUAAAGCUAUAUGUAGUUUCACUAGCACUAAAAUAACGUUAAUUGUUUUCAUUGUAUGCAGUAUAGUCUUGUGUUUGGUGACAAACAAGUAGAACUGAGAUAUUUAAUUUAGUUUUCUUAACGCACAAGUUGUAACAAACCUGCAGCAGACUUAUAGCAAUGCUGUUCCAACAACUUGUCAACAGGAUGUGUUCGCACUGCUUGUUCCCAGCUUGUUGACAACUUGCUACAAGGUUGUUGAGCUCAACAGACUUGUUACAAGUUGUUCCAACAACUUGUUAUCGUCCUGCAAUUUAACAAUGUGUCAACAAGUUGUGAGUGACAACCUUGUAGCAUCUUGAUAAAAUAACAGCAUUGUUACAACUUGUUGACAAGCUUGCUACAAACCUGUUGCAAACACAUCUUGUUGACAAGUUGUGACAUUUUUACGUGUGUGUUGCCCCAUGGCAUUUGCUGUAUUCCCAAUACUUACUACACUUGCUAAAACAAAACCUAUCAAUCAAUCAGUAUAUCCUAGCCUGAAUUUAAGACGAAAUAUCUGAUCUCCCCAGGAGUGUUAAGACAAAAAAGCGAGGAGAGUGACACGUGGUAUAAGACAGUGUGGUUCCUAGUCCUUGUAGCGGUACUCUUGAUUCUCGCUGUGUUCGCUGUGGUUGCUCUGUGUCUACGGAGGACAAGUGGGGAUAGGACGGUAUUUGUGAGAGAGCGAGAUCCUUUACCUAUGCGCCCCAAGUCACGGUCAACGGCUGCGUCAUCGUCAAGUAAUUAUACACCAAGUGAAGCUCAUUUUAAUCUUGGGAUGGUAAGCUCAUUUACAUGCUUUAUUCUUACGUGUUUGUUUUAGGGACGGACCAUUAGAAAAGUGAUGGGGGGGGGGGACUUUUUCAACUUGUACGAAUAUUUUUUUCAACAUUUUUUGCUUGUGUCGAUAAUUUUUUUAAAUAUAACCCUCGCUCGAAUUUUUUUUAUUUCAACUUAUAAUUUUCCCUAUUGAAAAGUCUCUGCACGGAUUUUUUUUUCAAACUUUUUUGCUCCCCCCCCCAUCACUUUUCUAAUGGUCCGCCCCUAAUACAGAUAAUCCAAACAUGCCUAGGCACGUUGAUACCUCUAAGCAGAAUACCAAUAUACUCGAGUCACAGUUUAGUUUAUUGAGUUUCUCACUCAUUGGUGAGCGGAUUUCCCAACAGGCCAUUGCCCAAUUGAUAAGGGAUUCGAGGUACCUACGAUUUAACGUCCUUAUCCGAGAAGACGCGAAAGUCUAACCAUUUACUGAUGUCAAUGUAAAGGUAGCACUUUCUCCUCAAUUAUUUUAAAACCUUGAGUAGAGGUCUGACCAAGGAUUGAACCCAGGUCCCCCAGGUUGAAAGCGUGGUGAUCACGACACCACAUGUGCUGGUUUAAAAUUGGUCCAGGGUGUCCUUCAGCGACCCUUGCAAUUUUCUGAUAGUUGUUUUGAUUUUCUCAUCGUUCAGGUUGACUACAAUCACGACAGAAGCAGUAGGGCAUCAACUUUCAUCGGAGAUUCAGAGAAGGCGAAGUAUGAAGACAGCCUGGACUGGGAAGGUUAUGAAGGACAAAAUGAAUCUUAUCCUUAUCGUGGAAAGGUUAGAAAAAUAACUUCUUUGAAACGAUCAAUUGAUGAGUUGAAAUCUUGAUACUGCGGGUUGACCACCGAGGAGGGGGGGGUGACACCAAAGAGAAAUGUGUUUUUUUUCUUGGUAAAAAUUUUGCUCGUCCAAUCAUUAAAAAGGCGAUCAAAAAAACGUUUUUACCCAACCUCAAAUAUCAUUUAAAAAAUAAAUACCCACCCCUGGCCAAAAACGUUACAAAAGGAUACCAUUCAGUUAUCACACAUGUCCUUUACCACUUCUGUGACAUAAGUUUGAUAACUGCUUGUGCAAUUUUCUGCCUUCUAAAGUUUCAUGUUGUCUACACAUGUACUUUCUUUGACUUUGGAAACACCAUUUGCCUCCCGACAAAUCGAAAAAUGGUCAAGAUAAUGACUCUGAUUGAUUUACAUAUUGUAUUGACAUAUAAACUGUUGACAUUCAUGCUUUUUAGUCUUCAAUAUUUGAGUGAGUCAUGCUUUGGAAAUGACAAUAAAUUUUUAUUACCCAACCCUUGAGUUGUUUCUCAUUAACCUUUUACUGACUCAAAAUUUUGUUUACUCAACCCUUUUCUCUUUGGUGACGACUCCCUUAGUGAGACCAUCUUGUCUUUACAGUUCGAACAAUCUCAUGUUUUUCUGUGUUGUAGGACGAUGAUGACAAGACGUGGACAGAUUAUGACGAUAUUGAUGCUUCCAGAUCUUUCAAAUAUCAACAUUUCCCGGAUACGAGAUUAUGA